AUGGCCUCUACGACGAAAUUUGAGAUACCCACAGAAUUUGAGGCCCAGCUGCGCUAUGUCGACCAUGUUGAUCAGCGCUCUGACGAAGAAAUCCUGGCUUCGUUAGAGGAGUACAAGCCUGUCAGGUCUGAAAAGAAUAUCUGGGCCUUCUGGGAUAAGGGUCUUCGGGCGAUGCCUGGAUGGUGCCAGCGUAAUGUUGUCGAUUGGGUCCGGCUCUGUUCGCCCUCGUGGACCCUCCGUAUCCUCGACUCCGUACCAGACUCUCCCAAUAACGCCCUCAAAUAUAUCUCGGCCGAUCUCCUCCCGCAAGCAUUCGUUACUAGCACGAUGACCGGGGUAUAUGCUGGGCCUCAUAGCUCCGACUUCCUGCGAGGAGCAUGCCUGUAUUCUCAUGGAGGAGUCUACAUGGACACUGGGAACAUCUUGAUACGUGAUCUUGACAGGAUAUGCUGGAAUCAAUUAGCCGAUCCCAACUCACCUUUCGAAGUCUGUGUCCCAAUCAUGUAUGGAACAACCAUUGCCAACCAUUUCGUCGCGAGUCGGAAGGGCGACCCUUUCAUCAAAUGCUGGCACGACCUCUUCAUUCAUCUGUGGAAGGACCGCCAAAAUCACGAAGGCUUGAUCCAACAUCCCCUGGUCGCUUUCGCAUUGACUCACACUUUUGAGGCGGCAGAACAAGCGAAUUUCGGAUGGGACUUCGCGGUGGAGCCCCAGACGGUAAUGGAAUACAUCAGCCAGGUUUUGUCCUGGCAAAGACUGUGCAUGCUGGAGAAUGCACGAGAUGGCUUCAACGCGACCGAGUACUGGCUGAACAAGGUUCUCGUCUUCGACGUGCUGCUAGAAGACUGGGGUGCUGAAGCCACGAUCGGCUUUGGCGGACCGAUCCUGUUCAACGCCCUGGCCACCCCACUUGACGCGCCAACAGACUCUGAGGAAUACAAGACGGCGUACAAGCUGGUCUGGCGGCUUCUGACAGAGUCGAGCUUGCAGAAAAUCACCCAUGGAAAGAACCUGACCAAGACGCCGGCAGCUGGUGUCCUUUGGGAGGAGCCAGGCAACGAGGACAAGGAUCACCAGGCAGGUACUUUUGCCGAGCUGCUCCGGUACGGCACUGUUCACUUCCAGCAGACCAGGGAGAGCAUCCGCUAUCUGAAGGCUGCGAAGCCGCCAGUGACGUCGCACAAGGGACUUCUCGAGCCAUAG